AUCGUUGUUGCACUGUUUGGUAGUAUCGAAACGAAGCUCCUGCAGUUGUCUUUGGGUUUUCAGUGUUGUAUCUCGAUUUCGACUACCUGCUUCUUCUCCAUCUGAUCGGGCUCAUGGCGAUUAGGGAUUUCAUAUUCGCAUUUCUUCUCCUGGCUUCUCCUUUUCUUCAUGCUGUUAGGUGUCAGUUGGAUUCAGAAGUCGAAGUUGCCGAAGCUGCUGAAGGAGGAGGUGAUCUUGGGAUUGUCGGUGAUGACAUACACGACUAUGGCGAUGGAAGUUUUAGUCCAGCUCCAGGAAUUGACACUGUCUGCGUUUUCCCCAAAAAUGCGGCAAAGUUGGUGCUUGCCGGGGAAGAGACUGAAGUACUUGUUGGCGUGAAUAAUGAAGGGGAUUCAAAUGUGAAUGUUAUUGCUAUUCGGGCCAGUGUUCAUCUUCCUUAUGAUCAUCAUUUGCUGGUCCAAAAUUUGACUGGACAGGUUUUCAACAAUGCAUCUGUACCACGUUCAGCUCAGGCUACUUUUCCAUAUAGUUUCGCUGUUAACAAGUACUUGCAGCCUGGAUCAUUUGAUCUUGUGGGUACAAUUACUUAUGAGAUUGAUGAGCAACCGUACCAGAGCACAUUCUAUAAUGGAACUAUUGAAGUUAUUGAGGCCAAUGGAUUUCUCAGCAUUGAGUCUGUUUUCCUUGUUACCCUUGGAAUUGCUCUUCUUGGCCUUUGUGGGUUGUGGAUAUAUGGUCAAGUCCAACACCUCUCAAAGAAAACAAAGAGGGCAUCAAAGGUUGAAGUGGGUACUGGGACUACAGAUGCCUCCAUGGAUGAAUGGUUGCAGGGAACUGCCUUUACUCAGUCACGGCCCAGGAAAGUAAACAACAAGAAGAACUGAUGUUAGUUUGACAUGCAUUUAGAUCCGAGGAAGAUGCAUGAACUCUUAACUCGUGCUAGGCUCUGCCAUUUUUGUGCUCUUAAUAGAGGUAAUUUUGAGGCAAAAUGGCUGAUGAGGCCCGCCUGGCAUUUGUUGCAUGUGGAGGAAGUUCCUGGGCUUCCCUUGGAGUAGUUGUCUGUACUGCUUAGAGUAGGGCUUCUAAAGCACACAAAGGUUUAGGAGGAAUAUGACAAUUUUGUUAAAGUUAAUGCAUGUUAGGUAUUUAGUCUUUUCUCUGUUUAGAUGAUUCCUCAUGGUAUUUCUUCCCUGCCUAGAAUGGUGCUCAAUUCAAUCUAAUGGAGCUCCUGGUUUAUUCUUUCCA